GAGAGAGAGAGAGAGAGAGAGAGAGAGAGAGCAGUGGCUGUGUUGAGCUGGCUGGGGGAUUUGGGGAUUUGGGACCUGGGUUGAGGAGGUAUCUCAGGGGGUUUCUGAGGAACACCAGCAGCCCUGGCUUGGACUAGACUCUCCCUCACAGCCGUAAGAUUAAAUCGGACUCUUCUCCAGCAGCAUGGAGGCUGAGAUCUGACCGCCCUGGACCUGAGAGAGAGAGGAGCUGCUCCACAGCAGGACUCACUGAUAGAGGUGUGAGAGAGGUGAGCUGAAGAUGGACAGAUUGCGGAGUUGUACAGCUGACCUCUGACCUGUGAUGGAGAAAAGGUGACCCAGUUUCUUCACACCUGAGGAAGAACAAUCAAAGAUCAUGGGGAAUUCGUACGCAGGGCAGCUGAAGUCGGCUCGGUUCGAGGAGGCGCUUCAUAACUCCAUCGAGGCGUCGCUGCGCUCCAGCACCGGAGACCCCCAGCCCAUAUUCACCCAGCUCUACCUGGAGCCGGACCAGUACCCCACCCACCUCGACGAUAUUAAGUCUAAAAUGGAUUUGAGUCUCAGGUCUGAAGCUGCGGGUCACGUUCUGAUGAACUCUCAGUCGUCUCACGGUCUGGAGGACAUGGAGGACGAGGACGAGUCGGACACUAGCAGCCCACCUCUGCCCUACCUGCAGGGUCCUCCACCCGACGGCUGCUGCACUGUAGACGGGUUCUGCCAGGCGGGGAAGGAUCUCCGGUUGGUAUCCGUGGCGACGGAACCCAUCGAGGUGCCGGUCGGGUUCGAGCUGGUUGGAGCCAAAUCCCCCAGCAUCCCCGAGCACAUCCUGGUGUGUGCUGUGGAUAAACGCUUCCUGCCGGACGAUAACGGGAAAAAUGCACUUUUAGGAUUUUCAGGGAGUUGCGUGGGCUGUGGUGAGAAAGGGUUUCGUUAUUUUACCGAAUUCUCCAACCAUAUAAACCUGAAGCUGAGCACCCAGCCCAAGAAGCAGAAGCACUUAAAGUACUACCUGGUGAAGAACUCUCAGGGAGCGCUCGGGAAAGGAGCUCUCAUCUGCUGGAAGGACUGUAAGACGAGGCAGUUUUCUGGAGCAUCUUCAUCGAAGCCCACAUCCUCCUCAUCCUCACUCAGCAGUAAAGAGAACGGAGGAACCAACGGCCACAGCCCCUCCUCCUUCACCCUCUCAGACUCUCCAACGGCACGAGGACAGUCCAGCUCAUCUUCAGGAAUAUUCGGGACUCCUGAAAUGGGACGGGACUGCAGCUUCAUCAAACCACUGACCAACACCACACACACCGGCAAGACCUUACCUAUAGUACCCACCGCUCUGAGAGUUAAUGGCCUGACGAAUGGCCUGAGCUUGGAAGGUCGGCCCACACACCAAAGCCCCUCCCACAUCAACCCACUGGCCACGCCCACCCGGAGCUACCAGCCACCUGAACAGGGGGACAGCCCAGCAUCCUCUGCCAUGUCCUCUGGUCCCCCUAAGAAGAGACACCGCAGUUGGCACCCGUCCUCCACUGUGCCCGUCACGGUGCCCGCCGUGCGCCCGCUGCCCUGCGGUACAGGUCCUCUGCUGUCACUGGCCAAUCAGCAGCCUCUGUCUGUGUCAGGUGUCAUCCAGCCCCAGCCAAUCACAGCAGGAGAAACGGUGAUCAUCCCCGACAACCUGCUCAACAACUCAGGAGUCCGACCCGUCAUCCUGAUCGGUCAGGGGGCGUUGCCGUAUUUCUUCGGUAAUGUGGGGGACGUGGUGGUGAGCCCCCUGCUGGUCAGCUGUUAUAACUGCAGUCAGCUGAGUGAGAAGAAUCUGGCCAGUCUGGGUCUGACUGUCAAUCAGCUUCCCUCCACUGAGACCCUCAUCCUGCUCACACUGCAGUACCUUGCCCGCCUCGGCGGUGAGCAGAUUCCUCUGAGGGAGGAGUUUGAGCAGAUCGUGUUGAAGGCGGUGCUGUGUGGCCCCCCCGGGCCCCCGGUGUCUCCGCUGCAGUUGCCGUGGUUGGCGCGGUUGGAGGCGAGUGUGUCGGGGGGCAGUGUGCAGGUGCUGGUGAUGCAGGGCUCGCUGGGCGAGGGCAUCUCUGAGACGCUGCGCUCCCUCAGCGAAACCCCGCCCCCUCAGCACCAGCGCCUGCCCAGCUACGUCCUCAUCAUCCACACCACCGGCAGCGGCGCCAACGACUUCUGCAUCAUGGUGCUCGGUAAAUACCAGUCCAGAGCGCUAGCGGAGGGCAUGCUGACCACGAACGAGUUCCUGAAGGAGAUCAGUUAUGAGCUUAUCACGGGGAAGGUCUCGGUUCUGGCUGCUCACUUCAACAACACCUCACUGGGUGAUGAUCUGGAGAAGGAGCUGGUCAGGUAUCAGCGGAGGAGGAAGCAGCAGGUCGUCCAGCCCUUCCACUCCGACCUUACAGAGUACAUCCACUGUGAGGAGGCGGCCGGCAUGGUGCCCGACACGGCCAACGAGCUGCAGAGCGAGGUGUUUCAGAUUAAUCCUCCUCAGCUCAGCGUGGCGCGCAGUCUGCUCUCUCUGGUUUGCGGUAUCGCCGACUCCGGCAGCCACAGUCUGGACCUCGGCCGCUUCUGCAAGGUGGACUUCCUGGUGCUGGUGCCUCCGUCAACUGUGCUGCUCCAUCAGACGGCCCGACGCAUCCGCCAAUCAGGUGUGCUGGUGGAUCUGGGGAUGGAGGACUCCUCCUCGGCGCAGCAGAAGGCGGAGAAGUACGUGGCUCGGUUGGACAGUGAGAUUCACACCAGGAUGGAGGCGUUUAUGAGGAAGGUGCAGCAGAACCCGUACACGCUGUUCGUCCUGAUCCACGACAACUCACACGUGGACCUGACCGGUUCUAUGUCGGGCUCGGCGUCUCACGGGGAGCUGCAGGGUCUGGCGGACCGCGUGGUGAACUGUUCUGAGGUUCUAGACGCAGAGAACGUUCUGGUUCUGCAGGUCAGCUCCUUCCCCUUCACCCUGCAGAGCCACCAAUCACGGAUCAGCGUCCACAACGAGGUCCACUGGCCCACCAAUCACACACCUCAGGGGGAGCCGUCCCAUAAGGACCUGCUGUAUUUCGGGCUGAAGGACUACAGCCGCUCACUGCAGUGGGGCGUGGCCAGCCCCAUCCUGCGCUGUGACGACGCCUUCGAGAGGAUGGUCAGCGCACUGCUGGAGCGGCACCCUCAGCUGCACAGUAUGGUGGUGAGGAGUUAUCUGCUGAUCCAGCAGUACACCGAGGCUCUGAUGGCCCUGACCGUAUGCCCGUCGCUGCGGGAUCACGUGACCCCUCAGACCCUGGCCAUGGUGGAGUGUGUGCUGCGGUGCGGCGGGCGCGGGGGGCGGGGCCACAUGCUGCUGGUGCGGGUGCCCUCGCUGCAGCUGGCGCGGUUGGCGCGGGAGCGGCUGGAGGAGGCGCAGGAGAGGCUGGGGCUGCAGUACAGAUUCGCCGUGCUGCUCGGAGGACCGGCCGCCGAGAUCAGCCUCCCUAAACACUUCUGCACACGACUGAGGGCGUGGCGUGGCUGUAAGAACGAGGACUGGGUCCCGCUCACCUACGAGGAUCUGGAGGAUCUGCCCUGUAUCGUGAUCCUGACGGGGAAAGAUCCUCUGGGAGAAACCUUCCCCAGGUCUCUGAAGUACUGUGACCUGCGUCUGAUCGACUCCAGCUACCUGACCCGCUCGGCUCUGGAGCAGGAAGUGGGCGUGGCCUGUUCGUACGUGACCCGCAGCGUGAUCCCCGACGCCGUGGCUCCCGCGGGCAGGGAGGAGGAGCGGCGGGAGGAAGAGGAGGACGAGGAAGAAAGAAGUGCAGAGCCGGACGAGCUGCAGAUGGAACUGGAGAGACCGCCCAGUAACGGCAGUGCCACCACCAGGGCAUCCGGCUCCCUUACAGAAAACAACGUCACCUCCUCCAGCGUUCCUGACUCCUCCCACAAACCCUUCUCUAGCUCCACCUCCUCCCACACUGAAGCAGCCAGUACCAGCGUGUUCACGGACUCCAGCACCUCCCCUCACCGCCUCAAACAGGAGUGCGACUCCCAGGGGCUUCCCACCUCCACCUGCUCCUCAGCCCCGCCCUCUUUCUCCUCCUCCUCAUCCUCCUCUUCCUCCUCCACCUCCUCCACCACCUCCUCCGCCUCUCCCGGAGCUCAGAGACCCACCCAGUCCACUCAGAGCUCCCGGAGGCCGCGGGUGUUCCCCCGGACCGUGGUUCUGUCUCAGGCUGGGUACCGGCUGCUGGUGCCGGAGACUCCGGGUCAGCUGAGCUCUGGUUCCCUCCUCCCUCACGGAGACCUGGCCUGGUCCGGACCCCUCAGACCCCCCGUCCCGCACCACCUCGGCCCCGCCGAACAGUCCCUCUACUACAGGCAGUGGACCACGGCCCGGCCCCAGCACGCCGACUACACCGGCCCCGGCACCGUCCACCCCCGCAGACUCCUGCUGAGCGGACCCCCACAGGUGGGUAAGACGGGUGCGUACCUGCAGUUUCUGCGUAUUCUGUUCCGAAUGCUGAUCCGCCUGCUGGAGGUGGACGUGUAUGACGAGGAGGAGUUAGAAGAAGCUGUAGCGGAGGGUCCUGAAGCUCCGGUGUCCAGCGUCCUGCAGUGGCCGGACCUGGAGGACAUUCAGAAGAUGGCGUUCGACUCCUGCCCUCGAGACCCGAAGUUCAGACGCUGCAGUGCUGUUUACUCAGGAGCAAAUCUGCAGAGAAUAAACGGGUUGAAGAGAGAGAAGUGUGAGGACAGUGGAGAAGAAGUAAAGAGGAACACCGUCUCCAUCAGACUCAGCAUGUUUGCGGCCCACAAUGCAUUUCACCACUGCGAGCAGUGCCACCACUACAGUGAACCCGGCCCCGCCCGACCGCUGUCUGACUGCACGUUCCACGCGUUCACCUUCUGCUCCUCGAUGCUGGGGGAGGAGGUGCAGCUCCACUUCGUCAUCCCCAAAACCAAAGAGCGUCAUUUCGUCUUCAGCCAGCAGGGGCGCCACCUCGAGAGCAUGAGGCUACCGCUAAUCUCCCAACAGGAUUCAGACCUGCUGAAGAGUCCGAUCUUCACUCCCACUACGGGUCGUCAGGAGCACGGGCUGCUGAACCUGUACCACGCCAUGGAGGGGGCGGAGCAUCUGCACAUUUUAGUGGUGAAGCAGAACGAGAUGCCGCUCUACAGGAAGUACUGGCCCAACCACAUCCUGCUGGUGCUGCCCGCCGUGUUCAACGCCUCCGGAGUGGGUGCGGCUCGGUUUAUGAUAAAGGAGUUGUCGUAUCAUAACCUGGAGUUGGAGAGGAACCGGCUGGAGGAGCAGGGCGUCCGCAGGCAGGACGUCUGGCCCUUCAUUCUCAUCAUGGACGAUUCCUGCGUUCUGUGGAACACACACACACCUGGACCCAACGGCAACAGUGAGGUGGUGAACGUGUCUCUGAAGUCGGUGAUGCUCCGGAUGGAGUCGAGUCCGAAGCUGAGUGACUACGCAGUGUGUGGAGUGCGGAGUUGGAGCAGUAAGAGCGUGAGCUCUGGAUCUGCGUUCAGCCGCUGCCACCUCCACGACUUCAUCCUCCUCAACGUAGAUCUCACGCAGAACGUCCAGUACGACCUCAACCGGUUUAUGUGUGAGGAGGUGGAUUUUAAUCUGAGGGUGAACAGCAGUGGUCUCCUGAUCUGUCGCUUUAAUAACUUCAGUACCAUGAAGAAACACAUCACAACCGGCGGCCAUAAAGCCAUGAUCAUCAAACCCAAACACACGUCUAUAGAGAGUGUGUGUCCCCGUAUCCCCCCCUCUCAGUACGUGUGUGCGCCGGACAGUGAGCACCCCCUGCUGGACGCUCCGGCUCAGCUGCUGCUGGAGAAGUUUCUGCAGAGCUGCAGUCAGCACCUCUUCCCCCAGGCCUUCCAGAACACCUCCAACCCCGUCCUCACCAUCGACAGCUACCUCGACCUCGGACCACAGGUGUGUGUGUGCUACGUGAGCUCCAGGCCGCACUCGGUGAAUCUGGAUCACAGUGGCGUGGUGUUCAGUGGGCUGCUGCUCUACCUGUGCGACUCGUUCGUGGUGUCCGGCCUCCUGAAGAAAUUCAGAUUCCUGAAAGGUGCGACGCUGUGCGUGGUGUCGCAGGACCGGAGCUCACUGCGGCAGACCAUCGUACGGCUGGAGCUGGAGGACGAGUGGCAGUUCCGGCUUCGAGACGAGUUCCAGACGGCCAACUGCAGCGAGGACCGUCCGCUCUACCUGCUCACCGGACGCCAUAUUUAACCCAGAAUUCAGCGGGAAAUCGUCAGGAGCGCGCAAUCUUCUCCGUGCAGAGCGACACAAAGUGACACAGAGCCUGGAAGCUGAUUCUGUGCUGAAUCUGCUUUAGAUGGGAAGCCAAGUUACAACAGUGGUGGAUUACUGUGGUGAAAAUACCUAAAAACACAAUAAUCACUAAACUGAGGUCAAAACAAGGGUUUUCCAUUGGGUAAAGAGUGGAAGACGCUUCUAUGGAAUUUAAAAACAUGUUCUAAUGUUCCUUAUUAGAUGAGAAAACUGGACAAACUGGACAUAAGUGCAAAAAUUGCCCACUUUUGGAAACUAAUCCUGCACUGCAAAAAGUAGUGCAAAUGGUUGAUGAACACUUCUGCUCACCACUAACUAACUAAUCUACGAGUGAUCCUCGAUCAAUCCAAACAACCUCCAAUGAUGGAGGAUCAUCUUCUCAGAUCCACACUACCUCGGACAGACUUUAGAUCCUGAGGGAGUCGGAACCAAAACCCCAAAACCUAAAAAAAAAAAAGACUGUACUGCUUUGUACUUGUGAUCUAUGAUCUUGUUGGUAAAAAGCCAAAAAGAGGACACCUUUCAGAAAAUGAUUGUAAACUGGGGACACUUUUGGAGUCCCCGUUAUGUCCCAAGUGGACAUAUACCUCAUCUCAGGGUUUUUUUUGCCAGAAAAGGCAAGAAAAGGACUUUUAUUUUGUUACUACUGCUGAUUUAUUUUCUCCUUGAUCUUUUCUUUUUUUAUCACUUUAUCAAGGAUUUGCUAACUAAACGUACCGAGGACCGAGGACGAUUAUUACCGAAAACCACAAAACAACACAACUCAAGCCAUACGAUACGAGUCGUUAAAGAAUACGCUGAAUACUGGCACUCGUUUCUGCUUAGAAAUCAUCUCAAUCAUUAUAAUCAUACUUAUCUGCUUUAAAACUGAAUAUCUAACACCGAUGCUGCUGCUGGUUUUAAACAAAAUCUAGAAGAAUCUACAAUAAACCCAGCAGCCAAAACAUCUCCAUAAGCUCCCAAUACUUUUUAUUAUCCAUAUAGUACAAGCCUGUUACUGAAAACUGAAAAGAAAAACUCUGUUUUAAGUUUAAGUCUUUGGCUGUUGAUCAUUUUCUGAAGCCAUAAAGAAUCAAUAUACAUCGUGCCUUUCCUUUCAAAAGCAAUCAUCUCCUAAAUAAUCUGAUAAAUCUAUUAAAUCUGCUAAAAUCAGUCCAAAUAGAUAGAAACGAUAGCUGAUAUGAAGUCCAAGAUACGAAGAAAUGAAUUAUAUUAUAUUUAAUAAUAAUCAGAAUUGUUAAUAGCAUUUAAAAAGAUUACUUUUAGAACUCAAUUAUUAAGAAUAAUCAGAUAAUAGAAUAAUAAUAAAUAUUCUAUGACAUAAAAUAAAAUAAGACAAAUCAUUCAACUUUAAGUAAAUAACACUUUAAGAAGUCAUCUAUAUACAUAAAAAAAUGAAUUAGUUUCUCUGACUGUUUUAUUCUAUUAAAAUUCCAAAUAUUAAAAUAUUUAUUUGCAGAAUAUUAAAAAUGGCAGAAAUAACAAAAAAAGAUUUUAGACCAAAAAGCUUUCAGACCUUAAAUAAUGCAAAGAAAACAAGUUUAUAUUUAUAGUUUUUAAGUUUUAAGAGUUCAGAAAUCAAUACAUGGUGGAAUAACCCUGUUUUUUAAUCCUGGCAUCAUGUUCUCCUCCACCAGUCUUACACACUGCUUUUGGAUAACUUUAUGCUGCUUUACUCCUGGUGCAAAAAUUCAAGCAGUUCAGUUUGGUGGUUUGAUGGUUUGUGAUCAUCCAUCUUCCUCUUGAUUUUAUUCCAGAGGUUUUCAAUUUGUUAAAAUCAAAACCUCAUCGUUUUUAAAAUAGAAAUAAUGCCAUAUUGUGAAAUUGCCUUCAUCUCUCCAUAUCUCCUUUUAUUUAUGACCUGCGUCUGUGAAUCUGUGCCACUAUGCUAGGCUAGGCUACACAUACGUGCCUGACUGUAAUGCUAUAGCUACAGCUUUAGCGUAUCAUAUAAAUAUGCUUAACCAAAGCUACGCACCAAAGCUAACGACCGUAAUGACUAAAUUUUUCACUGCCGCUAAGUUUUAUGAACGACUUUUAGCAGCUUUAGCAUCUUUUAGGUGAAACAUUCCUCUUUAUUAAAAUUUAAAUGAGUUGGGAAUGACUGUCAUUGGGAUUGCACAAGAGAGUUGCUCAACGAAACUGCCUUAAAGGAGCCGACGGCUGAGAUCCCGCCCCUUUUCUAAUCAGGACCAAUCAGGUACAGUCGUGAGAGGUCAAUCAGAAUCGGAAAAAGCCAAAACCAGCCGAGGUCCCAGGCGUGAAAUGUGAAUUAGCUUUAUCUAAAUACUGUAGAGAUCCCUGUUUUUAACGACUGGGCGGAGAAACGGGGCGGCUUAUCGCGGGUAAGACGUUUUGGAUGUGAAGAAAAAAUAAAAUAAAUAAAAGUGUUGUUUAAAGUUAUGGAAUUCUGAUAUUAAUAUAUAUAAACAUAUAUUAAAUCUUUGUCGCUUUUGGCCAGAGGAGCCACGUUCUCCACAUUCUGUCUUUAUUAUUUUUUUUGUUGUUUUUUUCCAAGGCACAAAGAAUCUACCUAAGAGAACCCGAUGUUUGUUUUAUUAUUUUUUAUUUUUGUAAGAACCUGUUCUCCAGUGUUCUACAGUGUUUUGUUUUUUUAGUUUCUUUUUAUUUAAAAUUAAAAAUAGAAAAACGAAGCAGGUCCCGUUUUUGAGGGAUCGUUGUUAUUUAUUCUACAAGCUUCUCGGACUGAUAAUCAUGUUAACAUCCAAAUAUUAUCUAAUAUCCUUAAAUUCCUUAAAUUCUCAUUAUCGAAUUUAUCAUCCUCAGAAAGUCUUUGCACACGUCCGCAGAAGCUGCAUCAGUAUUGUGUUUUUAAUAGAGCUUGAAGAGAGUCGAGGUUUAGAAUUGUAUUGUAGAAUUGAACUUGCACUAUACGCUUGGCUCAGGGCCAAAUGUCGAUAGUCUUUACGUAGCCGAUCGCUCUGAUUGGCUGGUUUUAGGUGAAAUGAAUUUGGACCAGUGUUGAUUUUAGUGAAGAAAGAAAUUAAGGUAUAAAGCUAUGAACUGUCCGUGUGAAGAGCCCGAAUUACGACCCCUAGAAUGUGUCUGGUUUUUGUACAGUGUAAGAUGUGCACAUAAAUUAUGCAAUUUGCUUUUCACAAUCUUUUCACGAACGCUGUCUGUCUGCUGUGCAUAAAAAAAACGAACCCCGGAUCACACCGAACCGUCUCCGAAUGUUUAAUCAGCUCCGCGGUCUACCUCAUGAUCGGCUGGUUUGGUUGUGGGUUUGUUGACGUGACUUAAAUAAAAUGUUCUCUUUUGUUGUUGGAAUUUAUGAAUGUAAUAAUAAAGUGACAUUGAUAUUCA